AGUCACCUUUCUCUUCUCCCCGUUUUUGGCAGCAGCCCCUCAGGGCAAGGGGAAGCUGAUAUCAUAAUUAUUGGCUCACCCAGCAGCUGCCUCCCCUCACCUGAUGUCAGCACAGACCCAGGAUAGCCGAGCUGACGGACUGACAGACGGACGGAGCUCCCGGCCCCCCAGACCCUGGCCCCCACGCCGACCUGCUUCACUGAGCAGCCGGCUUUCUUCGAGGCCAGGACUGGGUGAUGGUGUCGCUCCUCCCGCCACAGUCUGACGUCUCACUGCCGGGCUCCGCCAGGCUGGAGGGCGAGCCCCGAGGGGACGUCAUGCAGGCGCCGGGCCUCCCGGGCUCCCCUGCCCCGCAGAGUAAGCACACCGGCUUCAGCUGCUCCUCAUUCAUGCCCGACGGCCCUCCAGAAGAGGCACCCUCCCUGCCCCCGCACAGCCCCAGCAUUGCGUCACCGGGCCCCGAGCAAGUCCAGGGCCACUGCCCCCCCGGGCCCGGCCCGGGCCCCUUCCGGCUCUCACCAUCGGACAAGUACCCCAGCUUCGGCUUUGAGGAGGGCCCAGCAAGCAGCCCCGGGCGCUUCCUCAAGGGCAGCCACGUGCCUUUCCACCCGUACAAGCGGCAUGUCCACGAGGACGUCUUCCCCGAGGCGCAGGCGGCACUGGCCCUCCAAGGACACUCCUUUAAGACCCCGGGGCCGCUGGAGGCCUUCGAGGAGAUCCCGGUGGAUGUGGGGGAGCCCGAGGCCUUCCUGCCUGGCUUCCCUGCAGAGGCCUGGUGCAAUGGGCUCCCCUACCCAAGCCAGGAGCACAGCCCCCAAGUCCUGCAGGGUUCAGAGGUCAAGCUCAAGCCCCCGGCCCUGGAGAAUGGCCCUGGGAUGUACUGCUACCAGCCCCCGCUGCAGCACGUGUACUGCCCCUCCCAGCCCCCAUUCCACCAGUACUCGCCAGGUGGCGGCAGCUACCCGGUGCCCUACCUGGGCUCGUCACACUAUCCCUACCAGCGGAUCGCACCCCAGGCUGGCACUGAUGGGCACCAGCCGCUCUUCCCCAAACCCAUCUACUCCUACAGCAUCCUCAUCUUCAUGGCCCUGAAGAACAGUAAAACUGGAAGUCUUCCCGUCAGUGAGAUCUACAACUUCAUGACGGAGCACUUUCCUUACUUCAAGACGGCACCUGAUGGCUGGAAGAAUUCUGUCCGUCACAACCUUUCCCUCAACAAGUGCUUCGAGAAGGUGGAGAACAAAUCGGGCAGUUCCUCUCGCAAGGGCUGCCUAUGGGCCCUCAAUCCGGCCAAGAUCGACAAGAUGCAGGAGGAGCUACAGAAGUGGAAGCGGAAAGACCCCAUUGCUGUGCGCAAAAGCAUGGCCAAGCCAGAAGAGCUGGACAGCCUCAUUGGAGACAAGAGGGAGAAGCUGGGCUCCCCGCUACUGGGCUGUCCUCCCCCUGGGCUGGCAGGCUCCAGCUCCAUCCGGCCACUGGUACCCACCGCUGGGCUCCCUCCGCCGCUGCACUCACUCCACCCAGCUCCGGGCCCCAUUCCUGGCAAGAAUCCCCUGCAAGACCUACUGGGGGGACACGUGCCCUCCUGCUAUGGGCCGACAUACCCGCACCUCUCACCAGGCCUGGCCCCUCCUGGACCCCCACAGCCAUUGUUCCCACAGCCAGACGGGCACCUUGAGCUGCGGGCCCAGCCAGGCACCCCCCAGGACUCACCCCUACCUGCCCACACCCCACCCAGCCACGGCACCAAGCUUCUGGCUGAGCCUUCCCCAGCCAGGACGGUGCAUGACACCCUCCUGCCAGACGGAGACCUCGGGACUGACCUGGAUGCCAUCAACCCCUCUCUCACCGACUUCGACUUCCAGGGAAACUUGUGGGAACAGCUGAAGGACGACAGCUUGGCCCUUGACCCCCUGGUACUGGUGACCUCAUCCCUGACAUCAUCUUCGAUGCCGCAGCCGCCACCACCACCCCACGGCUUCCCUCCAGGGCCCUGUUUAGCAGAGACAGGCAAUGGGGCAGGCGACUUGGCACCACCAGGCAGCGGGGGCUCCGGGGCCCUGGGAGACCUGCAACUCACCACCCUCUACUCAGCCUUCAUGGAGCUGGAGCCCACACCCCCCACGGCCCCCGCUGGCCCUUCCAUGUACCUCAGCCCCAGCUCCAAGCCCUUGGCUCUGGCGUGAGCUCCACCCGACAUCAGCUCUAGCCUCUGCCUGGCCUGGACGUCCCGGCUGGUCGCCCACAUCGGGCUUACCUUAAAGGUCAAGGAAGGAACACACCCCGGCCCCUAUGCCACUCAGUUUGUUAGCUGGUGGCUGGGGCCGUGGAGGACAACACCUAGGACGCUGCCCCUCACUCAUUUCUGCUGCAGGGGGGCGGAGUCCAGUGCCUCACUCAGGGCCCCCUGAAGAGCCAUUGUCUAGGCAAGAAGAAAAAGCAGCCCCCCAGCUCACACUGACCCACCUUCAGCCCUUGGGCACAGCCCAGGGUCAUUGAGAUCCACACCGCUCACACACCUACCCCCAGACUUGACACCCCGGCCCAGAGAGCCCUGGCACAGCUGCGCAUGGGGCCCUCAAGCUGUGGUCAGGGCAAUCACUGGAACCCCACGCCCACAUCCAUGUGCUUGGCAGGCCUGGCCCCGCCCCCAGUCAUGGUCUUCCCCAAAGCCCCUGUAUUUAUUCUCCCAUCUUCCUCCCAAGAGCCCAGCAAGGAGGAGGAGACAGAGACUCCUCUCCAGGGUGUCUGUGGUCACCCCUGCCCCCACCAGGAGGCUCUGCCAGGCUCUGCCGUCCUCAGCAUCCACUCUGUCCAGCUGUGCCCAGGUUACACCCAGGUAGAGGGGCAGCUUCCACCCUGGGACCUGACUGAGCCCAAUUCCGACCCAGAGUGUUGGGAAAAGCCCUUGCCCUUGGAGACGGGAGCGAGUCCUCCCAGUCCUGGUGCAGGGAGCACCCCUCCAGGUCACCAGGCCCACCCCUCCUCUGCAAAGAGGUCCUUUUAGUUUAGGUCCCAGCUUACUAGUGACUUCCAGCUGUCUCAGGCAGCCUGGACGUUCAGGGAGGGGACGCCUGCCUGGGCUGGCGGGGAGUUCCCACGACCCCCUCUCUCUGCUUGGCAGACCCGGGAAAUGCAAAGGAUGCCCCUGGAGCCUGGGGGUGUGGCCCAGGUGCUAGCCAUGCCCUACUCAAGAGCCCAGCCCCCACCGAAAGCCUCAACCUAUGGGGGGGACCUGUGGGUGACACGAACCUCCUGAGGUUGGUUCAUAUGAGGCACAAGCAGACCCCUCGGUGGCCUGCCAUUGUCCCCUGUCCCGGAACAAUAAAGCAAGUGCCUUGUGGUCCCG